GUGCAAGCGUCACUGCGCAGCUGGAGGAACCCUCGGUGACAGCUCUGACACUUUGUCACGACCAUGGCCAUCACAAGACAGAAGGAUUACUUGUCGUUAUCCAUCGUAAGCAUGCUCUUCUGCUUCUGCCCCCUUGGGUUGGCCGCCCUCAUCUUCUCGCUGAAGUCACGAGAUGCUUCCAACCAGAACGACCCGGACACAGCAGCAAAGCACUCCAAGACUGCCUACCACCUGAAUAUCGCCGCCAUGGUGGUGGGAAUCAUUUUGAUAAUCAUCGUUGUUAUCGCCAACAUUGUAGUAGUAAGCUCAUAAACAUAGUUACCUCUCCUGCCAAGACACAAAGAUCGAAUGAUCACACUGAUGCCAGCCUUUUCGCCACUACCCCAAGUGGUUGUACGAUCCUGAUGUCUUGUACAUUAUUUCCCUGCUUCAUGGCUCAUAAUGCCCACAGGAUAACAGUUAUCCCAUGAUCAUAAACUGCCACGACUGGCAUCAGACCACCUGUCCACCUGUUUUAACGUGAAUCCGACGAUUUGAGAAUAAAUAGGCUUAAGCAGGCUAAGUGAAAAAAA